AUGAAGUCCAUUCUGUUCGUCGUUGCCAGCAUGGCUACCGCCGCCAUGGCCCAGAGCCUCAGUGACCUUCCCGCGUGUGGUCAAACUUGCGCCAACAACAUGCUCGGCGCCGAUAAAUCCAGCGAGCUUGGUUGCGACACUGGUGACAUUGCCUGCCUCUGCACCAACAAGAACUUCGUCUACGGACUCCGAGACUGCUCCGGUGCUAUCUGCAGCGAGAGUGAGGCUUCUCAGGUUGUCAAGUAUGGCAUCGCGAUUUGCUCCAGCGGUGGUGUCUCCAUCACCACCAAGAGCGGCUCCACUAAGACUGAAUCCGGCAACUCUAAGGGUGCCUCGGCCACUGUUUCCACUAUCUUCAGUACCAUCACUUCAGAUGGUUCCACCAUCACCAGUGCCGUUUCCACCACCACCCUUGGCGGUGGCAGCGGAAAUGACGACAAGAACUCCAAGUCUGGAGCUGAGGGUUCCGGCAAGGUCUCUACUUUCACCAGCGUCUUCACCAACAGUGCUGGCGAAGCUGUCACCACGACUGGCGAGACUACUCUCGGCGGCUCUGGCUCUGGCAAGGUCUCUACUUUCACCAGUGUCUUCACCAACAGUGCUGGCGAUGCUGUUACCACGACCGGCGAGACUACUAUUGGCGGCUCCGGUUCCGGCUCCAAGUCGGGUGUCAUCACCACCACUGUGACCUCUGAUGGCUCCGAGAUUGUCAAGACUCUCACCCAGACCGGCUCUACUAAGACCAAGUCGUCUGGCUCCGAGGCUUCGGCGACCGGUAGUGGGUCUGCUUCCGGAUCUGGCACCGGAUCUGGCACCGGAUCUGGCAGCGAAUCCACCGCUACCGCCUCUGCUGGCUCCAGCUCCACCGAGUCUGGCAACUCUGGCUCGGCCAGCACCACUUCUGACAACGCUGGUAUUCCUCAGAUGACUGCGGCUCCUGUUGGCGUCUUUGCCGCUGCCGGUCUCGCUCUUCUCCUCCUCUAA